AUGGAAAUUUUACGUGCUGAAACCAAUGAAUUUCCUCACAUGAAAAAUACCGAUGCGUCCACGAAUAAUGACUCUUCGCCAGCCUCAUCGACAGUUGAUGAAGACGACGACAACUUUUCUAAUGUUAGUACAACUAAUGAAAAGCACGGUGGCAGAAAAUCGCCGGUUAGUCACGAAGACAAAUCGAAAACAACCGAUGAACAUCGAUCAAAUCAGUCUUCGCCACAACCACCGGUCGUUCAAUCGAUUGUUAAUCGAACAACAUCAACAAUUGAUUAUACGCGUCAACGUGAACGGCUGGCGAAAGAAUUGAAAGAUUAUGAAGAUCGAUGGCUGGCACAUCGAAAUUUCCUUCUCUAUACACAGGCGUUCGGUAUGAAACCCGAAGACCGAGAACGUUUAUUUUCACAAAUUAAUCCGACAAAUAAUGAUGAAUCAUUUUCACGCUUAUCCAAAGAUGAACGAGAUCGAUACUUAGCAGCUGCGCUGUAUAAUCAACAACAACAACAACAACAGAAUCCCUAUAAUUUUCAUCCGUAUCCAUGGACAGCACCACCAACAACAUCAUCUCUUGUGAUUCCAACAAUCCCAUCGGCUACUACUGAUCAACAACAGCAGGCCCAGCAGCAACCACCGAAAUCACCUAGUUCGGAUGACAGCGGCAAUCAAUCGAAUUCUGGCAGUACAACAGAAUGGACAUUCGAAGAACAAUUUCGUCAGAUUAGUUUUUAUCCGAUAUGUCAAAUCGAGCAGAAACUCUAUGAACUAUCUGAUGAACCAAAACGCAAAGAAUUUCUCGACGAUCUAUUUGCAUUUAUGCAAAAACGUGGUACUCCUGUUAAUCGAAUUCCUAUUAUGGCAAAACAUGUUCUCGAUUUAUAUGAAUUAUUUCGUUUGGUCGUGGGAAAAGGCGGUCUCGUAGAAGUAAUUAACAAGAAAUUGUGGCGUGAAGUGACGAAAGGUCUCAAUUUACCAAGCUCGAUUACCAGUGCUGCAUUUACUCUACGUACACAAUACAUGAAAUAUUUAUAUCCAUACGAAUGUGAGAAAUUACAAUUAAGUUCACCGGGUGAAUUACAAGCUGCUAUUGAAGGUAACCGACGUGAAGGACGCCGGCCGUCAUAUGCAUUUGAAUAUUCGUCACCACCACAAAUAAUGCCACCACCACCUCCUCCCCCUCCAACAUCCACAAGUGCCUUCCUUGCUAGCCCACUUGCACAUAGACCAUUGGAUCCUAGUCAUGGGCACGAGGCUAUGCAACAUGCAGCAAUGGCCGCUGCUGCUGCUCUCUCACAUCCAUUCUUUCUCGCAGCGGCAGCCGCUUCAUCACGUGAUGCGAAUCAUCCAUCACUUGAACAAUCGUCAACACCACGAAUUCCUUCGUUUGAUGACCAUCAUCCUCAUUCUCAUCCUCAUCAGUUACAGUCACCAUCACCAACAAACAAAUUGUUCGAACGUUCGUCUACCAUAGCAAAACGAAGUCUCUCGCCGUCGUUACUCUCUCGACACCCUCAAGAUGAUAAUCUGGGCUCACCGAUGAAAAAGUCUGCUACAUCAUUGGGCAAUAUCCGAGCAACAUGUUUUACACCAGUGACAGCAAACUCUUCCUCGUCGUCGUCAUUGUUAUCACCAGUCAGUAAAUUGAAAAUCGUUGCAAAAGAAAAUAAUUCUGAACAGCAACAAUCGAUUACGAUUUCAAUUGAACUAAACGGUGUCGCCUAUCAGGGGACAUUGUACGCAACAACGUUAACUGCGAAUAAAGAGUGA